UCUAGGAGACUCUGUCACUCCACCUAAAAUCCAAUCCUCGGUUGGUAAAAGGAGGAAGAAGGAACCAAAAUUAGGUUUUGAGAUUGCAAGAUAUCAAAAAGGUUUUCGCCGUCAACACAUAAAACCUCAAUCAUCCUCUUCCAACCACCACAAUCUCUCUCUCUCUCUCUCUCUCUCUCUCUCUCUCUCACUCUCAAUCUGUCUCCGCCGCCAUGUCUUCUCCCUCCGUUGCUGAUUCUGUUUCCUAUGCAUCCCCCAAAGCCAAAUCCCUAACUGAACAACGACCCAUCACUGGCGACAAAAGUGCUUCUGAUCUUAACCCCUCCCACCAAAGUGAGGGUUUGUGGACGCGGAAUCAGCGGAAGAGACAAAAUGCCUACCUGAGGAGAGAGGCGAAGAGGCAAAAGGCCAUCGAACAUUUUUCAUCAAUGAGAAAAGAUACAGAGGAAAAAGAAAAAGGAGAUAUUGUGCCUCCCUCUACAAAGUCUGCUAGGCUUCAGGACAAGGAAUUUGAGUCCAGACUUCCCAUUCGCGAUGAUCGUCAUGUGCGUCACACCUAUCAGACCCGGUCAUCUGAAUACGGAGGUAGAGUGCACGGUGAUAGACACAUACCAUCUUCUGCACCUGUCAUUUCUAAUGCAUCAAGUCCACCUGAUAUUUCCAAGGCUACUUCAGUGGUACAAACUUCGUCAUCAUUCUCUGAGAAGACACCACUACCUAAACCAGCUCUAGUGUCACCAGCACCAUUGCAACCACCAGAUAAGACAUUAAGUGAAAAGUGUAAGGUUGACUACCAUAGGCCACGAAUGUUGGAGCAAGACAAGAAUGAUGAGAAACAUCUGAAGAAUAAGAGGGUAUGUGAAGAAUUAGUACGAAUGAUACAUGGAAAACAGAGUGCCCAGGUUCGUGUCUCUCAAUUAAAAUUAGAAGAUCAUCCUAAGAAAGUUCAGAAGUCUAAAAAAAACAGAUGCUCCACACAAGAUAUUGCCUCUGGGUUUAUGAAUGAUAACAACACGAGGGGCAUACAGCUACACAGUAAUGUAGAAAAUAUUUCUGAAGUUCCAGCUGAAGUUCCUGAAGGGAAAAGCAUGAAGAAAAGAGGUAAAUACAUGGGAACUAAUGAUGGUUCAAAGCAACCCGCAAACAGUGUGUCUGUUAGAAAUGACUUGGGUGAUGUUAAAUCUGAGUCACAAUUUGUUCACAAGAGUAAUGUGGCUGGGAGAAACCAUUUGUCAAAUCCAAGGCACAGACGUGAUGACCACAUUUUGCGCAGAGAAGAUAAGCACAUUUCGCCCAGUAAAGACAAGCACAUUUUGCGCAGGGAGGAUAAGCGAGCUGUGUCUGGAAAGCUCUUGCGGCCUCGAAGACUUAACCGAUCUGACAUCAAUACCAGGUCAAAAGCAAAAAGAGUUAAAGGAGGGGGUUUUUCAUGUAAAGCUUGCCGUGUCCACAAUUUGUCAAAACAUGAUUACUACUCGCAUAUUAAUGGGUCUGUUCACUUCCGUAAAGUAAAGUAUUGUCGUAGAAGGGUAGCCUGUCUCAAGCAGGCUGUGUCUGAUGCAAUUAAUAAUCAAGUUCAACGAGGUGAUGGUAAUAGUGUACUUUUUGCUGAGCUCCUGACGACUGUACUAUCUAAACAAUUUACAGCACACACAUCUGUGGAUGGACAAAGUUAUAUACCUCGGUUGUUGCAAAAUCAAGUAUCAAACAUCAAAGCAUGUGCUAAGAUACCAGCACCCACAACUAUGGCUGGACCAAGUUCUUAACCCCAGUUAUUGCAGACACAGGCACCAGAAAUCCAGCCACAUGUUGAGAUUGAAGAUUCUUCCGGCAAAACAAAAACUGAGCUGGCAGCACCCACAUCUAUGGCUGGACCAAGUUAUGAAGCCCAGUUGUUGCAGUCACAAGUAUCAGAAAUCAAAGCUCGUGUGGAGAUGGAAAAUCCUUCCCGUGAAGCAAAACCUGGGCUUGUGGUAGCUGCUGAGAUAUUGCCUCCCCCAUUUAUGACUGGACCAAGUUGUGAACCCCAGUUGAUGCGGACACAAUUAUCAGAUACCAAAGCUCAAGUAUCAGAAAGUAAAAAACAUGUUGAGAUAUAAAAUCUUUCAGACGAAACAAAAACUGUUGCCUGUCCCACUGAGGUAAAAAAAACUAAGGCAGGUGCAACUGUCAGCCCUCAAAGUGGAGAGGGUUCUGAAAGUAAACAACAGCUGUAAAAUUUCCUCAAGAUGGUUCAGCUGUAAACUAAACGACAGGGUUCUGUAAAUUUUCCGAAUAUGUAGCUCCCAUUGCUUGGUAGGACUAAAGAAUACUCAACAAUUCUCUCCCGCACUUCAAUUUUUUCAUUUUCGGGGGUUUAAAGAUAUUUACAUACAUUGUUGGGAUAUGAAUUGUAUGAAUUUUGCCAGUCAAUGCAAUUUUAGGAUAUCCCAAAAGUCCAUGUAGUCACUGCAAUGUGCACAACUCUGGGUGAAACGAUAUUCCAGUUGGACUGAAAAGAGAUUUAUAUCGGUCAGAGAUUUUGCUGUUGGGCUGCUGAAAAGACAUUUUUUAUGGAUCAGUCAUCGGUUAUUCACGUGUGUAUAGAUCUUCAUGUUACGCCGAGCAAAUUUCGAUUACCCAACCAGUUCUAAAGAGUUAAAAGAUAAUGGAUGGUAGACUAGAAAAUGAGAUUUGGUUUUUGAAACUUUAUUAAGCUUAUGACGAUAUCUGUCAAGGUUUUAGUCA